CAAAUGUCAACAAAUCGGAUUAAAUUAUACUACGUAAUUGUUGUUUAUUAUGUCUCAAAACUUUAAAGAAAAAUGUUUUUUUUUCAAAAUAUUAUACCUAUUUUUUUUGGAUAUUUUUAAAAUUCUACCAUGGAAGGUCAGAUUUGUUUUGUACACAAAUUCCGAAAUAUAUCCUAGUGCUUUAUAUGAAUUUUCAAGGCAAAUUGGAAGCAAUACCUUUUUGCAAGGUUCACAAAGAAAAGUUCAAUGCUACCAGGGUCAUAUUCAAGACUAGUAAAACGAAAAAUGAAUUGGAGUACAAAAAAUACCGUUUCAAAACUACAAUUUUUUUAUUACAAUGUGCAAUAAUAAUGAAAGCAUUUCCAUCGAGGCCCAAGGCUGUGUUACCUUUAUAUUCUGAAGAAUAUUUGAAAACUAAUAAUAACACCUUCACUGGAACAAAUAUAGAACAACCGCACGUUGAGGAAAACAUCCUAAAACCAUCAAGAAAUCAUUUACAUAUUCAUAAGUUAUUAAUUUCUUCAGACUUUUUAUUCGAAUAUCACAGUGAUAUAAAGGUCAUCAGGUCGACUAUGUACGAGCCAGUACUCGAUCGAUGUGUAACAACAACAAUUAUUAAACCCAGUAGACUUCCCACUGACGAUUUUUCCAUUAAUGAUUACGGAGAGUAUGAGGAGAAAACUGUUUUGUCGCCUCAACCCGAAGAAACUCAUAGGAGACAAAGCAAUUUAGCUAAUGGACAGGAUCGUUAUGAAGAUUCGCCGAUUCGUAAGAUGCGAGCGGAAAAUGGCGACACAACAAUUUCCGUUGAUCACAUGACCAUAGAACAAAACUACAAAAAUAAAAAACACGACGCUUCCGUCCAAACUCUUCAUCUAAUUCCCUACAGACUGCGAUUCGUCCCGGGUUUCGACUGCGAUGUCAAACUGAGUCCUUCCGAAAAAAACUGUAUCCUUAAAUUGAACUGUUGUUGCAGAAUAUUUAGUCAAUGGAUCUUAUCCCAGGUGGGAUUGACGAUGGUAGUGAUGACGUGGGCAUUGUUAGGUGCUUACGCGUUUUAUCAUACAGAAGGAGAAAGAGAGUUAAAGCAAACAGAAACAUUAGCCAAAAUUCAAAAAGAUCUCUCUAUAGACCUAGCGACAGAUCUGAAGCAAUCCGAAAAUCAUCAAGAACAAUGGUCGAAAUUAAUUCAUAAAUACUUCGAAAAACACGAAAAAGUUUUCCUGGAAGCAGUAGGGGCAGGAUUCGGCGAAGGAGGGGGAGGUAACAUCUGGACGUAUCCAGGAUGUAUCCUGUUUUCUGUAUCGCUAUUAACGACACUAGGUUUUGGUGCUCCUGUUCCAAGAACUACUCUAGGACGCGGUGCAGCGGUACUAUUUGCUGCAAUUGGUAUACCCUUACACUUCCUUCUAAUAUUAAAUAUGGGUAAUUUGGGAGCGAUCAGACUUCAGCAACUGGCGUAUAAAAAUUUCCUAAAAGAAGUGCCGUCAACACCUAAACCUUUCUGGUUGAAAUACUUUCCGUUUUUGUGUGUUGCGUUCUAUUAUUUGCUUGGAGUGAUUCUUUUCGGCUUCGUACGUCAAAGAAAUCCCAUAGAUUGCUUCAUGUUCCCGUUGGACUUCACCGCAGCAGGAGGUGUAGCGAACGUCGAGGGACAAACUAGACUAUUUUACGCCCUGUACUUAGAAUUGGCUGUGACUCUAGCUGCCACCGUAGUGUCUCUUUUACAAACUUCGGCAAGCAGAGGAAUCGUAGAUAUAGGACUGAGAUUAGGAUUGCUUACGAAUACUUGAACAAAUUUUUAGUCUUGCGAAAGUGUUUUUUUCUGGUUUGAGAGUACAAAAUGAUAUCGCGCACAUAUCCAAGAUCAAAUGAAACCUCGCUUGAGCAGUUUGAUGCACAAUAAUUUUUAUAUUACAUUGUUCGUGUUAAAAAUUUUUACAAAGUCUGCAAAUGUUGUUCGAUAGAUAAAAAAGCCUUAUGACUCCUUUAUAUGCAAUUUUGUCACGUUCUACACAACAUAGGGAAUAUAAAAAGUGUAGGUAAUCAAAGUUGUUAUCUAUCAUAAAUGCAAGAAAUUUUUAAAAAUACUUUAAAACUAAGGAAUCAUUCGGUUUUUAAUAUUUAUUUGUAGUUUUAAAAAGUGCUUAGGUUUAAAGUUUAGACCAGAAAUUCUGUUGAAAGAUGAUAAUAAAAUUAAUAUUUUACAA